CGUGAGGUGGAGGCCUGACCAAUCAGGAGUCAGGGAGGAGUAUAUAAGAGGGAGUUCAGGCAGCUCACACACUAUGGUCCUCCUGUAGGUCUUCUUCUGCAUUGAAGCCUCCUCAUCCAUAAGAUCUUCUGCUCACCUCCUGCUGAAGACAAAAUGAUUGAUUUGAUCAGCUCCUUUGGGAUAUCUGCCACAGAGGUACUUGUUGCCUCUGUGAUCUUCUCAAUCGUCUUCCUGCUAAUCAAGUCCUACAGUAAAAAUGUCCCAAAAGGAACAAAGCCACUGCCAGGCCCAACGCCUUGGCCACUGAUAGGAAAUUUGCUCUCAAUAGGCAAGAAUCCACAUAUUAGCCUCAGCAAGAUGAGUGAGACCUAUGGAGAUGUGUUUCAAAUCCAGAUUGGCACAAAGCCUGUUUUAGUGCUAAAUGGACUGGAAACGCUUCGACAAGCCCUGUUGAAGCAAGGUGAUGUAUUUUCUGCACGUCCAGACCUUUUUACCUUUCGCCUGAUUGCUGAUGGGCAGAGUCUGACAUUCAGUCAGGAUUCUGGUGAAGUAUGGAGAGCACGUCGUAAACUGGCACACAAUGCUCUUAAGAACUUUUCCAUCUCUCCCUCCUUGGGAUCUUCUAACACAACUUUAGUAGAAGACCAUAUAUCUAAAGAAGCUGAGUAUCUAGUAAGGACAUUCCAAAAGCUAAUGGAAGAGAAAGGUGAAUUUGACCAUUAUAGGUAUCUGGUUGUUUCUGUAGCUAAUGUCAUCUGCGCAAUGUGCUUCGGAAAACGAUAUGACCAUGAUGACCAAGAGUUUGUGGACAUAGUCAACUUGACUGAUGAGUUUGGGGCAGCUGCUGCAUCGGGAAACCCAGCCGAUUUCAUCCCUAUUCUUCAGUAUCUACCAAGUCGCACCAUGAAGAACUUUAUUGAUAUCAAUAAGAAGUUUACAUCCUUCACACAGAAAAUUGUUCAAGAACACUACAGAACAUUGGAUAACAAUGCCAUUCGUGAUAUUACUGACUCCCUUAUUCAGCAUUCUCAAGAGAAGAGAUUAGAUGAGAACUUCAAUGUCCAAUUGUCAGAACAGAAAAUUGUAAACAUUGUAAAUGACCUUUUUGGAGCUGGGUUUGAUACCAUUACAACUGCUUUGUCAUGGAGUCUCAUGUACUUGAUUGCCAACCCAGAAAUACAAGAGAAGAUCCAUAAAGAACUUGAUCAGGUCAUUGGUAGAGAACGAAGGCCAAAGGCAUCAGACAGAGCUCAGCUGCCUUACACAGAAGCCUUCAUCUUAGAGAUGUUCCGUCAUUCAUCCUUUCUUCCCUUCACAAUUCCACACUGCACAAAUUCUGAUACCGUACUCAAUGGUUACUUCAUCCCUAAGGGCAUAUGUGUGCUAAUCAACCAAUGGCAAGUGAAUCAUGACCCGAAACUAUGGAAAGAUCCAUUCAGUUUCUGCCCAGAACGUUUCCUGAAUGAGGAUGGCUCAUCAAUCAACAAAUAUGAGUCUGAGAAAGUCAUGACCUUUGGUCUGGGCAAGAGAAGAUGCCUUGGUGAAGCCAUUGGAAGAAUGGAGGUGUUCCUAUUCCUCACUAUUAUGCUUCAGCAGAUGCAGUUCUCCAAACAAGAGGGAGAGAAAUUGGACAUGUCAGCAAAUUAUGGACUGACAAUGAAACAUAACCGGUGUUAUCUUACUGCCAAACUCCGUUUUCCAAUGAUGCCUACCAGUUAGAAAAGUUAGCACUGUCUAACUGGACAUGCUCAGUUGUGUUCACAUGGAUAUCCUGAACAUUUUCUUUACUUUGACUUAGGUGUAAAGUGAAAUAUUGCAUGAGCACAACGUUUAACAAUUCUUAAACACACAACGUAGGAGUGAUACAAGAAACAUUGUGGGUAACCGCACAGAACUGAACAGACUUUUCCUAAUGCAUAGGGUGAGAAUCUUUUAAGAAAAAAAAUCUCAUGCCAAUUGUCCUAUAUGAAGGAAACCAAUAUGUUUGAGCAAGCUAUUUUUGUUAAGCUAUCCAAUGUGCUUAGGUAUUCUCGAUUAGAUUUUAUAUAGUACUUGUCUGUGCUGUAAAAUAUUCCUAAAAAGACCAAGAAAUUAAGAG